CCUAAAUAAUACUGAUAUACCAUCUUAGAAAUUACCUCAAUAUAUUAUUUGUGUAGUGAAAUUCGUUGUCUAAGCUUUGAAAUCGGGGAAUUUGAUGUUCGAGUAUAAAUGUAGCGAUUUGUAGAGAGUCAAGAGUGUUAUGACUUAUGAGGGUUUUAGAGUGAUAGAGACAAUUUCAUUAACCAAAACAUCAAGUCAAGUGGAAAAAAGAGAGAGAAAGAGGCAAGGGGAAAAGGAAGAGAAAGAUGGGGCAACCAUCUUACGAAGCAUACUACCUCCACCAUAGCCGGCAGCAACAACAACCAGAGUUAUACUACCCCCAUAGCAUUGCUGAAACUCGAACCCCCAAUUCAAUAUACUCUUCCCACCACGAUCCCAUUUCCGUUCGCAUUCCCAAAGAAUUACGCCAUAUUAAUACCCUUUUCGUCUCUGGUCUUCCUGAUGAUGUUAUGCCUCGUGAAAUUCAUAAUCUCUUCCGUCGUCGUCCCGGUUUCGAUUCUUGCCAACUCAAGUUUACUGGACGUGGCAAUCAAGUUGUUGCUUUUGUGACAUUUCUUGACCAUCAAUCAGCCGUUAUAGCAUUACAAGCCUUAGAUGGUGUAAAAUUUGAUCCACAAGCUGGAUCAGUCUUACAUAUUGAAUUGGCUAGAUCAAACUCAAGGAGAAAACGUAAGCCAGGCAGUGGACCUUAUGUUGUGAUAGAUAAUAGAAAGAAAACGACAUAUGAUGCUGAGGGUUCAUCUAGUGAUGAAGGUGAUAAUGCGCCUGAUAAUCAAGAUCAAGGUGAAGGUCCUGGCUCUUCCAACAAUAAUGAUCCCUCUGAUGCAAAAAGUGAUGAGAAGAAAGUUCAACACAGUGGGUCUGCAGAAAAUGCCUCUGAAGGUGAUGUCAAGCCAUGUUCUACUUUGUUUAUUGCUAAUUUAGGCCCUACCUGUAGUGAAGAUGAACUGAGACAAGCGCUAUCUCAAUAUACUGGAUUCAAUGGGAUGAAGAUGCGUGCUAAAGGUGGCAUGCCAGUUGCAUUUGCGGAUUACGAGAAUAAACUUAGGUGUAAACAGGGAAAAGUGGCUUACAAAAUAAAAAUUUUACUUCCUAAUGGAGGAAAAAAAGAAGAUAAUGUAGCUGAUAUUUUUAAGAUUGGAAACCUUGGCAUCUGCCCGAUCAGCCCCCAACUAUCAUGGUUGCUAAUUUUUCCUUGGACUUUAUCACAACAAUCUCACCUGCGCAAUCACCGGGUGAAUCUACUUGUGUCUGGAUAACUGGAUUAUAAUUUGCCUGAUUUUGUUGUAUCUAGAGUAUCUCCUAUGGUAACAAUUUUCACAUGCUUUAUCAUUUGCCUGGAUGUGCUUGACUGUGAAUGGCUAUAUAUUAUACUCUCUCUUAUUCUAAUCAAAUGUCCCAUACUAUUUGGUUUUGCUCACUUGUCGAUGUACAAUUUGAAUCAUAAAUAUCUCUAAUUGAAUGACCAUUAUAUCAACGCUACUAUAUGGAUCAAAAUGUUUGCCUUUUAGAAAAGAUCACAGUAGGAAAGAUAAGAGUACUAGAAAUGCGAAUGCUAUGACAGAUGAGUGGACAUACCUUGAGGGAGGAAAUUCGAAAUGAAGAUAUAACAAAGGCUUUAAGAGUUGCAAAUAUUGCGGAAACAAUGAAAGAAAAUCGUUUAAGGUGGUUUGGGCAUGUGCAAAGAGCUGAAGAUGUCAUAUUAACGAACCGGUAAGAAAGUUAGAAAGUUGGAGCUCGAGAGACUUAAAAAGAGGCGAGGAAGACCGAAGAUUACUUGAAGGAUAGGAGUGGAAAAUGAUAUGGAGGAUCUAGAAUUACAAAUUAAGAUGGUAGAAAAUCAGAAUGAAUGACGACCAUUGAAACUGAUAUGUUGCUUCAUGUAGUCAACCUCAAUCUUUUGGGAUUAAGACUCUGGCAUUGUUGUUAUUGCUGUUUGAAAACUUUUUUUUUUCUUCGUUAGCAAAUCAAAUGCACAUAUCACGAACCUAAAAACUGAGCCAAACAACCAAACCGAAUGAACAAUAACUAUGCUUACUAGCAAAUCACGAACCCAAAUUGGCCAUUGCAAACUAUGUGACACAUGUUGGUAUAUUUUGCAUCUCAUUGUUUCACUCUUGCCAAAAUUUCGGUUGUUUGCUUUCUAUACUCCCACUUGAGGCUAAUGACAUUCAAUAUUUUCCUUUUUCACAUAACCUUCACCCUCAUGGAUAUUCUUUCAUUUAUUCUAUACACGUCUCACAACAUGAGUAAUCACUCAUCCAUCAUAAUUAGACCUGUUCAAAAGUAUCCGGCUUGGAAACUCGACUCGGAUUAUCCGGCAUCCGAAUCUUAAACCGUAUAUUUUACCCGAUUAGUAAAAGGUGGAUAAUUCGGGCCGGGUACCUGUUUUUCAAAUCGAAUAUUUGAAUCGGAUACGGAUAGUAUUUUUGGUAAAUCCGGAUAUCCAGUAUCUGAUUUUUUUUUUUGAAUCCAGCUAUACCUAGUUAUUUAAUUGUUUAGAUAAUCCUAGAAUAGAAAGAUGCACCUUUUUCAGUUUUGAGAGUUCAUUCUUCAGGCGCCUCUUCAGUCUUCUUCCUCAUAGAGUCAAAAGUACUGUCGCAGAGCCCGCUGUACCUCUUUCGGAUGUUUUACCAUUUUCGAUUUUUUUGAUUAACUGUUCGGAGGCAGAUUAAUUGGAAUCCACUAAUGUCUAACUUGCUAGACUUGACUUAUUGUCCUUAGCGUCAUUGCUUUUGCUAGAAUUAUGGUGCUUACUAAUUGUGUACUCAUUAUACACUAUACUGAUGACUAUACACUAUGCCGCUUAGUUAAUAUUUGACAAUUAUUUAAACAAAAAAAUUCUAAAAGAAAAAAAGAGAUAAAAAAUGCAUGGGUGAAAGAAGAAAAGACAAAAAUAUUCUAAAUGAAACCAGGUAUCCGGAUAUCUUAAUCCGGGUCGGAACCAGAUCACAUUUUAAGGUAUCUGGAAAACUGGAUGUCCGGAUAUCCGGUUUUGAACUCAUAAUAUCAAUUAUCUAUCGUAUCUUGCGCUUUUGUGUUGAAUACCAUAAUUUGCAUAUUUUCUUCUUUCUUUUGAAUGUCAAGGUCUUUUCACUUAAGUAUCCACUUUUCUCAUCUACAUGUAAAGAAUGUUGAUCUUAAUUUUUUCCAUAUUAUCUACCAACUCUAAGUAUUUUCCUUAAAGUGUUCUAAAUUCUAAUAUUAAAAGGUGUUAGUUUUGGCUUAUAUAUUCAAUUUUUUAUUUGGUCUCUUAUCUCCAAGGAAUGAUUAAUGGGUGGAGAAGAAGAAUCCAUGUAGAGAAACUGAUAUAUUCAUGUAGUUUAUCUCAAUCUUUUAGGAUUGCAUUGUUGUUGUCUCUUAUCUCCAUAAUCUUAUAAUCUUUGCUCAUUUGACACCACAUUUGUGAGAUGUGAUGCGCCGCUUCCAUGCAACGAUCUAGCAACCUUUGCAUACUUAAUACUAUACAUGGGUAAUGGUUAUAGGAAGCAAAGCAUAAAGUUCUUGCUCAUUCAAAUUCAACACCAGGUUCAUGCAAUAAAGCAUGCCACUUCAGGGAAAUCGCCUAGCAACCUUUGCAUACUUAAUAUUAUACGUGGGUAAUGGGUAUAGGAAAAAAAGAGCUUGUCAUAUCAUAUCAACUAGGUUUCUACUUCCAUAGUUUAGGAAAAGAUGUGUUGCUAGGGAGUCUAGUUGACAAUUGUUAGCUCCAUUUAGAUAGCAAAAACUUCUAUUGAUCUACUAUUCAAUGCUCAUUUCAUUCAAGUUUAAAGAUGAUUUAUGUUGACUUAGGGUUCUUAAGUUAAACAUCUCUAAAGCAUAGGAGCUUGUCUUCCAUGAUUGCUUGAAACCUUGAAUUUCCUUGAAAUAUUUUGUUGACGAUUCGUCUUAUGUAUAACCUUCUUUAGUAUCUA